GCAUAAUGCAUUAUUAACUAUUUCCUUUCAGCCGUUGCCCCGCACCUAUUUAUAAAUAAUGCAGUAUCAACUAUAUUAGUCGUCAACAGUAAUAAUUUUAUGAAUCAAUCGAACAUUGAUAAAUCAGUCUAAAAUAAGCGUUCAUUGAAUCAUAUCCAAUGAAUGUUUAUUUCAGUAUAUUUUAUAUUUAUUCGUUUAAUAAGACCAAUUCAACUUGCAGUAAUAACGUUCAUAUGCUUUUAAAUUUUCGUUACAUUCAUUAAAACAAACGCGCUAAAUUAACCAUUCUAUUAAAUAUGGUCCUAAUCCGUUAAGUAAUUUUGAGAAAAAGUCAAGACUAUUGACUUCAGUUAAGUUUUUAUAAUUUUUUUCUUAGAAUAACUUUAAUUUAUUUACAUAAAAAAAUUUGCAUUUAAUUACUUUUAAUACAACAUUCUGUUCCAAUAAUAUUAGAAAUAAUAUCGCAAAUGUUUAGUAAGUUGAAUAACUCUAAAAUAAUAAAAUUUAAUGAAUAUUAUUGUAAUACGACAGAUGUUUAAGCACAUAUGUUUAUCUGAUUUUAUGUACACUUAGAACAGAAUAAAUACGUGUCUUUUUGACACUUUUUUUGAAUUAUAUUUUGAUCAUAAUAUUUCAGUCAUUAUUACUUUAUUUAUUUUCCAAUGUCUUCAUUAAAUUUAUAUUUUGUAUUAUUUUCUGUGAUUUUGUACACAAAAGCUCGAUGGAUGACACAAGAAUCAUUAUAUAAGUUAGAUAAGUUACUACAAUAUUCUGGAUGGAAAUACUUAAACGAAAUUCGCUCUGUAAAAUAUAAAAGUAAAACAUAUAUACUUAAAAAUCUUAUUGAAAUACCUAUAGAUGGCCAUAAUUGUAAUGCUAAAACUCGAGGUUUGACUUUAUAUCUUGGAUGCACAUACGCAAAAGUAAUAAACAAUCUUUUUUCAUCAAUUAUUAGCAACAUGUUACGUGUAUGCAAAAGAAAAAUUACAGAAAAUGACCUACCAAAUGGAUUCAUUUGCACAGAAGAACUCGUGAAUAUAAUCUACACAUUAAUCGUUCCAAUAACAAUAUUGAUGGAUGGAGCCAUACAUACUUUGGAUUUAUUACAUUUGAAACCAUUGGCUACUGUUUUUAACAAGUGCUUCAGAACAAAUCGUUUGUACAAUACCAUAGAAAAAAUUCUCGACGAACUAAAAGAACAGACUCUAUCACGUGACGAUAUAUCUACAUACAAAUGCACAUUAAAAACUGUUGAUUUAUUUUCUAGAAUAAUAGUACCAAGUAUAUACAAUGAAAUGUUACCUCAUUGUGAUUUUGUACCUUAUGAUAAGAAUUAUGUUUGGGAUAAAUGGGUUGACAAAUAUAAAUCCAUUAUUGACAAAGACCUAAAUUCAUCAUUUUUCAAAUUCUUAAAAAAAAAAGUUAAAGAUUAUAUCGAAACUGUAGUUAUGAAAAAAUAUUUUCAACUCGGAUUUAAAUUUGAUCCAUUUACUGAAGAAACUUAUAUACAAUUACCAAAGGAGCCAAUUGAACUAGAAUUGGAAUUUAAAACAACAGAUGAAGAGCGUUCAAUUCUAAUUCAAAUAGAAACUCAUUAAAUGUUGUAAUGGAAUUCAUUUUGUCUUACAUUAAUGUGUUACUAAACACAAAUCACGGACUUGUUUUUUUAAAUCUUUAAAUGAUUACAGAAAAAAUCAUUUGAUUCUAUUUUAAAUUUAUUUAUUUUAAUCACUAAAAAUGAAUGUUAAAAAAAUUAAUUUUAAUCAUUUUUAUAAACGACACCAAAUCACCUGUAUUAAACAGAAAUACUUAUUGUAACAUUAAUAUAAACUCAAAAUUAUUUAUAGUUAUUUAUUUAUUUGUUGUACACGUGGCAAAGUUCUAGUUAACGCUAUACAUUUGGCAGCUUUGUUUCUCCUCCCACCUGGAAAUAAAAAUGCUCAUUAUUUUUGAAAUAUUCGUUAUGUUGAUUAGCUUAAUAAAUAAACUUUAAUUGCA